AUGCCCACCAAUCGCACGUCCACCUCAGUGCCACCUCCGUCUCCGAUACCCACCGCCACCGGUUCUCGCUCCGCAGCCAACGAGACCUUCAUUGAAUACCUCGAAAGCUCGCUGCAACCUCCGCACCUGGCGUUUCCGCCGAGCACACGUCAUCCGGUUCCGGUGGAAAUCGAUGUCCGAUCGCUCGCGUCGAGAGGCCGCGAGUCCGUCGAUCGGCUACUGAGGUCGGCCAGGGAGUACGGUGCAUGUCGGAUCAGCGGUCACGGGAUACUUGGCGAGGAGUUACGGUCGUUCGUGGAGGCGGCCGACGUUGUGUUCCGAAAUUCGGAUUUCGUGGCGCGUACGGGUAAUCGGGAGGAGAUCGUUUGGGCUCUUUCUCCGGAAUCGGAGGGAAAAUUUAUCAAUCGCAAUUUCAGGUGGGCUGAUAACUUUUGA